AUGGUUUGCUGUGAUGAAGGAACAUUGUGGAUUGGUCACAAUAAAACCCAAAUAUUACAGAAGAUACAAUUUUCAGACGGACAAGUGAAUAUUAUAAAGGAAAUAUCUAUACAUUUAACUGGCAUGGCCUUCUUAUCAUCUGGAGACUUACUAUUAUCUAAUGCAGAACCAAAUCUUAAAAUGAUUUGCCAUACCACUGAAAAAAUGACCAAAUCAAAAUAUAGUGUAGCUCCCUUAAUAACAGGUGCCAUCCAUGUAACCUUGGAUGAUAAGAUUGUGAUCAGAACCAGAAAGAAAGGACCGGUCUUCCCAGUUGAAGGCACAAGACAAGUUGUUGUUAUGGAUAUAAAAGGAAGAACUGAAAAGGUGUAUGAUCUCGACAAUAAUGGAGAGCCUAUCUUUUCUGCUCCACAAAGCAUAGCAACAGACAGUGACAAUAACAUGUAUGUUCUAGAUCGUCUGAAUAGAGAUAACUGUGGUAGGAUAGUGGCACUAGAUAGAACUAACGGCGUAAGGUUGAUAUAUAGUGGUAAUCCAAAUAUCAGGAAAGGACAAGUCAUAUUCAAACCAAGAGAUUUGGCGGCUACUAAACUAAAAAACCUUAUCAUUACAGAUAUGGAAAGUAACAUGAUUUAUAUCUUAAACAGUUUAGGACAGUGCAUUCAUUACUUAAACACUAAUGAUCAGUUAGGUAUCCUUUUUCCAUUUUCUUUAAAAAUUGACAACAGAGGAACAUUGUACAUAGGUUGUAGUACAUACGAAAGUGGACCUGCUGAGGCCAAAAUAUAUAGUGUUAAGUUUUCGGGGUUUCUAACAUCUAAGUAA